UGCCAAGGUCAAGUUCAGUUCCGUAGCUGAGCAGGCUUGAAUGCUUCCCUGUGACAUCCUCUGAGCGCUGCUGCUGCCUCUAGUGAUUGCAGCUCUGGCAAGAUCUGAAGCGGCAACAUGAAGAGUCUCAACAAAGAUGUGAUGCUGAAAACCUGUAGGAACUUCCCUGCUAUAGGAGGAAGAAAGCGAAGUGCCUAGUGAGUGCUGUGCGCGGAGCUCAGGCAAGCUCCAAAGUCUCCAAGUAGUGAGCGCAGGGUCCCUGCCCACAAAGGGGAGAAGGCGGCUGAGCAGCGGGAACCGGACUGGUGGUCCUCCCCUGGCUGUGUGGAAAGACAGUCUGGUAGGCUACGGGAGGAUGGACACAAGCGCUAUUGAAAUGCAAAUCUCUAUCUGGAAAGCGUCUGGCCCUGGACGGGAAGCCUAGGCCAGGAACCACUAUGCUGUGUCCCUUCAGCACACUGGAUCCCUAAAGGAGGUGCUCAUGUCACUCAAGACUCACUGGCCAAUCAUGGCCUCCAGGUGGACCUGCCAGUCAAGAAGAGGAGGCGUGUUUUUCCGGGUGCCACGCUGCAGGUUCAGCUCUGUUGCUAAGCCGGCCUGAGUGGUUCCGUGUGAAGUGUUCUGAGCACUUCUGCUGGGUGCUGUGAGGGGAGCUCAGGCAAGCCCCGAAGCUGUGAAAUGGUUAAAGCUUAUAAAGAGUAAGAAUGGGCAAUUCAGGGGGAGGAACUUGUUUCAGUGAAAAUCUCAGAGCAGGAUAUUCUCAAGGAAAUUCUAAAAGCAGGAGAAAAGUGCUCAGUUUCAUUUCAGCACUGUUCCAGCCGUCUAUGUUUGCAGACUCACACCAGUAAGAAUACUGUGAAGAGUUCAUUGCAUGAAGCUGUGCGGAUGAAGCCUGAGUUGCAUUUUGAGACCACAAGAUAUUGAGAUCUAAGCUGUGAGACACCUGAUGUGGAGAGCUGCUUAUAGGGAGUAGAUGUAACCAAACUAAGGGGCAUGUGAGAAGUUUCAGGGAUAGGGCCUUCUCCUAAGCCCUUUGAUAAUGAAGCCCCAUGUGUCUGAGACAGAGCUACAGGAUUUGUUGUUUUCUGCUUGGUUCUCUGCCUUAGUCCAGUCUUCUCUCACUAUGUACACAUUCCUCUCUAUUGGAAUGGGAAAGGGUAUUCUGUGCCAUUGUAUGUUGGAACGGUAUAACUUGUUUUCUGAUUUUACAAGAUGUGUCAGCCAAGAUAUUGUCUUGAGUGUCAGAAGAGACUUUGGAUGUUUGAAGUGUUGGGAACUGUUGCAGACAAUUAGCAUCAUUGAAGUUAGAUCAAAUGCAUUUUCAUCAUGAGAUGAGAAGGAGCUUAUGAUGACCAGGGUCAUUAUAUAGUUGGUUAAUUUAAAAAAGUCCCCAGAUAGAAUGAUUUGUUUGAACAUAUUGUCCCUCCUUUAUGUCUUUUUUUGGUGGACCUUAUAGAAGCUUUUGUAAGAGUAGCCUUUCCAGGUUUAGUACUGGGGAUGGGAUUUCAGUGAUAUAGAGUCAAACCAUUUCCUGUUCUUGGUGUCUAUUCUGUUGUGGUUGAAACUGAUUAUUCGGCUUUCUUUUUGUGCUGUCAUACCCUCACUAUUAUAGACUGUAUCCAUAAAUCACAUAAGAUACAGUAGAAGCAGCUGAUAUUCGGUUUUAAGCCAGAAUUUUGCUAGCUAGAAUUUUUUAUAUUUUUAAUUGUGUUGCUUUUGUUUUUGUUGUUUUUUGUUUUUUAUAUUUUUUGUUUUUUUAUAUAUUUUUAUUUUAAAUCAUUACAUUUAUUAGAUUAUUGCACAGGUUAUAAUUUCUUUUAUUAAAUAAUUACAGUUUAUUCACUUUGUAUCCCAGCUGUAGUCCCCACCUUUGGCCCCUCCCAAUUCCAUCCACCCUCCCUCCCUCAUCUCAUCCCAUGCCCCUGCCCAAGUCCACUGAUAGGGGAGGUCCUCCUCCCCUUCCCUUUGUUUUCUUCUUUUUUUUUUCUCUGUGUAGUCCUGGCUUUCCUCAAAGAAGUUAUGUAAGUCAGGUGGGUCUCGAAUUUAGAGAUCCAUCUAACUCCUGGCUCCAGACUGCUGAGAUUAGAUUUACAGGAUGCCGUGACCUGUGAAGAUGUACAUGUGACCUUCACUCAAGAAGAGUGGGCAUUGCUGAAUCCUACUCAGAAAAUUCUUUACGUAGAUGUGAUGCUAGAGACCUACAGCAACCUCACUGCUAUAGGCUACAAUUGGGAAGACCAUAAUAUUGAAGUACAUUUUCAAAGUUCUAGAAGACAUGGAAGACAUGAAAUAAGUCAUACUGGAGAGAGACCCUAUGGAUGUAACCAAUGUGAUAAAGCCUUUGUGUGUCACAGUAGUCUCCAAAUACAUAAAAGAACACAUACUGGAGAGAAACCGUAUGAAUGUAGUCAGUGUGGUAAAGCCUUUUCUCAACACAGUCGUCUCCAAAGACAUAGAAGAACACAUACUGGAGAAAAACCUUAUGAAUGUAAGCAAUGUGGUAAAGCCUUUGGACAUCCAGGUAGUCUUCAAAGACAUGAAAAAAUUCAUACUGGAGAGAAACCUUACAAAUGUAAUCAAUGUGAUAAAACAUUUUUACAACACCAUAGUCUCCAAAUACAUAAAAGAACACAUACUGGAGAAAAACCCUAUGAAUGUAAUCAAUGUGGUAAAGCCUUUGUGAGUCACACUAGUCUCCAGAUACAUAAAAGAACACAUACUGGAGAGAAACCAUAUGAAUGUAAUCAAUGUGAUAAAGCCUUUUCACAAUACAGUCAUCUCCAAAGACAUAAAAGAACACAUACUGGAGAGAAACCGUAUGAAUGUAACCAAUGUGGUAAACCCUUUGGACGUGUCAGUCAUCUUCAAAGGCAUGAAAGAAUUCAUACUAAAGAGAAACCCUCUGAAGGUAUUCGAUAUGAUGAAGCCUUUGCAUGUCACAGUCAUCUCCGAAUACAUGAAAGAACACAUACAGGAGAGAAACCCUUUGAAUGUAACCAGUGUGGUAAAGCCUUUGCAUAUCAUAGUCUUCUUCGAAUACAUAAAAGAACACAUACUGGAGAGAAACCUUAUGGAUGUAAACAAUGUGGUAAAGCCUUUUCACAACUUGGUACUCUCCAAAUACAUGAAAGAACACAUACUGGAGAGAAACCCUAUGAAUGUAAGCACUGUGGUAAAGCCUUUGCACAACAUAGUCAUCUUAAAUGUCAUGAAAGAUAUCAUACUCGAGAGAAGCCUUAUGUUUUUAUUUAAUGUGGUGAAGCCUUUGCACAUUUCUAUAGUCUUCAUCAUCAUGAAAGUAUUCACACUGGAUAGAAACCCUAUGAGUGUAAGCAAUGUGGUAAAGCCUUCACCACAGUUAUCUCUGAAUGCAGAUGAAAGCAUGUGCUAGAAAGAAAUCCUACAAAUGUAAUUAGUUUUAUGGGGUCAGCUUAAAUCCAACCCAAUUCAAACACUGGGUCAAUGCAGAAGACAAGGAUUUGUUGUAACUCCCUACUCAUCUGUCAGGGACACAAAACAGACUUGGGAGCUGAACUGCAACUCCCCUGCCCACUCCCCACCCUCUACCUCCAAGACAGAAUGUUACAGAGCUUUUAAACUUGAAAACCACAAACAUCGGUGCCAAGUUAUAAUUACAUUUUUCCACCAAUCAGGAUUUAAGGAGAGGGGCUUUCCUUAUGUGGUUGGUUUGUGUCAACUGAUAGAGACUAGGUUAUACAGUAUACCCAAUCUAAUCCAUUUGUUCUUUUGUGAUUAAGAAGUCAUUAGGUUCUGUUCAAUAAAUAAAUAAAGGAUGAAUAACAAGAAGCUUUUAUUAAGAGCAGUCAUGUUUUGGGGAACAGAAGCCGUGUUUAAGUGAGUCAUGUUUUGGGGAGCAAAAGAUGAAUAACAAGCUUGUCAGAUAUUGGGAAGUCCCCAGGUCUUCUGGGGCCUGAGAAAUUGAACUUAGUUUCAUCCUAUGAUUAAAUGGAGUCUGAAAACAAAAAGGCAAUACUUAGGGCAAGUUUCUUUUGCAUGUUCCUAACAUUUGCGUAUUAUAGUCAUCAAAUAAUUAACGCACAUUGGCAUAUAAUCCUACAAAUGUAAUCAAUGUGAUAAAGCUGUUAUUGAAAAUAAAUGGUAUCAGCCAAAUAA